GAAGUGAUGGUGAAGAUUGCAUCACCACAAUUAGCACGCUUUCUUUUUAAUUGAAAUCGCAAACGAGUAUUUUCUGUUUUUUGGCAUAAAAGCAAACCUCGCAACGGUUGUUAGACGCGCAGCUAAGAUGCGCACACUUCAGUUAUUUAUAAAAAAAACAAAAGAAUUCAACAUUUGGAGAUACAGGCUGACAUUUUUUGUCCUGCAAAUGAUUUAUUCCCUGACACAUUAACAAAAGUUGUCCAUUCUUUUUAAAGAAAAAUACUGCAAAAAGUAAAAAAAAACAUGGCGGGGAAAAAAAAAAAUCAUUUUCGCCAAAAGUGACACAAUCCACAACGGAAAGUUUUCCAAAGCGGUUCUGUUUGAUUGACAUCCUGUCAAUGAUGUGACUCUUUAAUGAAUGUGUGCAUUAAAUUGCAGCUAAAAAAAAAAAAAAAAUCACACGCAAAAAAGUGGAGGUAUACGGUCCGAGGACGCCAGCGAAACAUGCUCCUGACAAAAAAACCUCUUUGAUUGGCCUGCUAAGAAAAGGACUUCCAAGAGCUUCUCAGCCAAUUGGAAUUUGCGGCUAGUUUUGCAUUCUUAAAAGAAAACGACAACGUCUUGCCACUUUUAACGACUGUGACAGUUAACACUGUCGCCGCUGCUUUUGCGAACCAACCCCUCGCACACUUCUGCUUCGGGAGACAUGCGCGAGUGUAUCUCGAUCCACGUGGGCCAGGCCGGAGUCCAGAUCGGCAAUGCCUGCUGGGAGCUGUACUGCCUGGAGCACGGCAUCCAGCCGGACGGCCAGAUGCCCGGCGAUCAGACCUUCGGAGGAGACGCUUCCUCCAACACGUUCUUCAGCGAGACCGGCUCGGGGAAGCACGUCCCCAGGGCGGUCUUCGUGGACCUGGAGCCCACCGUCAUCGACGAGGUGCGCACCGGAACCUAUCGCAAGCUCUUCCAUCCCAAUCAGUUGAUCACAGGUAAGGAGGACGCGGCCAACAACUACGCCCGCGGGCACUACACCAUCGGCAAAGAGGUCAUCGACCUGGUGGCUGACAGGAUACGCAAACUGGCCGACUUGUGUUCCGGCCUGCAGGGUUUCCUGGUGUUCCACAGCUUCGGCGGCGGAACCGGCUCGGGUUUCACCUCGCUGCUGAUGGAGCGUCUCUCCGUGGACUACGGCAAGAAAUCCAAGUUGGAGUUCUCCAUCUACCCGGCGCCCCGGGUGUCCACCGCCGUGGUGGAACCGUACAACGCCAUCCUGACCACGCACACCACGCUGGAGCACUCGGACUGCGCCUUCAUGGUGGACAACGAGGCCAUCUACGACAUCUGCCACCGGAACCUGGACAUCGAGCGUCCCACGUACACCAACCUGAACCGGCUGAUCAGCCAGAUCGUGUCGUCCAUCACCGCCUCCUUGCGCUUCGACGGCGCCUUGAACGUGGACCUGACGGAGUUCCAGACCAACCUGGUGCCCUACCCGCGCAUCCACUUCCCGCUGGCCACCUACGCCCCGGUGAUCUCUGCCGAGAAGGCCUACCACGAGCAGCUGUCCGUGUCCGAGAUCACCAACUCGUGCUUCGAUCCGGCCAACCAGAUGGUGAAGUGCGACCCCCGCCACGGUAAGUACAUGGCCUGCUGCCUGCUGUACCGCGGCGACGUGGUGCCCAAAGACGUCAACGCCGCCAUCAACGCCAUCAAGAACAAGCGCACCGUGCAUUUCGUGGACUGGUGCCCCACCGGCUUCAAGGUGGGCAUCAACUACCAGCCGCCCACCGCCGUGCCCGGAGGCGACCUGGCCAAGGUCCAGCGGGCCGUGUGCAUGCUCAGCAACACCACCGCCAUCGCCGAGGCCUGGGCCCGCCUGGACCACAAGUUCGACCUGAUGUACGCCAAGCGCGCCUUCGUGCACUGGUACGUGGGCGAGGGCAUGGAGGAGGGCGAGUUCACCGAGGCCCGCGAGGACAUGGCGGCCCUGGAGAAGGACUACGAGGAGGUCGGCGCCGACUCGGUGGACGACGCCCCCGAAGACGCCGAAUAUUUUUAAAAAGACCGCCGCCGUUCGGGGAAAAACUCGGAUCGGUUGCUGUGAAACGGCGCGAGUGGAUCGGGACUGAAGGGGGCGGGGCCUUCCGCCAAAUGCCCCCGAUCGAUCCAGUGAGACCACUCGGGAUCUGACGACUAUAUGAACUGAUAUUUUUCGAUACAUUUAUAUUGAG